UGGGAAACCAGAUAUAGUGAAUGCAGGGUCCAGGGAGACCAGAUAUAGUGAAUGCAGGGUCCGGGGAGACCAGAUAUAUUGAAUGCAGGGUCGGGGAGACCAGAUAUAGUGAAUGCAGGGUCCGGGGAGACCAGGAUAUAGUGAAUGCCGGGUCCGGGGAGACCAGUAUAUAGUGAAUGCCGGGUCCGGGGAGACCGGAUAUAAUGAAAUGCAGGGUCCGGGGAGACCGGAUAUAUUGAAUGCAGGGUCUGGGGAGACCGGAUAUAGUGAAUGCAGGGUCCUGGGAGACCAGAUAUAGUGAAUGCAGGGUCCGGGGAGACCAGAUAUAGUGAAUGCGGGGUCCGGGGAGACCAGAUAUAGUGAAU